AUGCUGGCCGCUUGGACCAGGCAACAAACCAUCUUGCACCUCACUCGGCCCAGUCAGCUCGGAAAUCUGCAAGCCUAUUGCAAACCUCCUUCAUGGAGUCUCGCCAUGCAGGUCGAUUGUGAAGCCCCGAGGCAACGAAGGCACCUUCGCAAGAAUCUCGAGUCGGGAACGAAGCGCCACCUGAAAAACUUUGUCUACAAACGGCGCAAUGGCGAGGCCAAAGAUCAACCAAAGGCCCUGCCCCCUUCCGUCCAUCCUCUCUCGAACGACUUCCAAAAUUUACCUCCCGAAACCGCGCCCAUAAUACAGUCUUCCAAGGUCCAAGAUCAACCUUACGACGAGGGGAAAACGGCUACGAAACCACAAGCACCAGCCGCUCAGCUGAGCUCCACUAAAGACCAUGCGUCAAAGACGGACGCCGCCCUGAAGACAACCGGACUGCCUGCGUUUGGCGCACAACGCUUCUUCCACAUGUCGCGGGCUUCCAUGCAGGCCCCGUCCUCACGAAGCAGAGGCUCCGGCAUCACGAAAGAAUCGCAAGUCUCGAUACGGCACCGCAGUCAGCAGCAUGGGGCACCAGAGGCACACACGGAGACAACGAUGGAGAGGAAGAUCAAGAAACCCAGCGCGCGACGUCUGAAUCGACCUGCUCCUUCCCCUGCAGACACCACACCCAACUCCACGACGCCCACCCCGGACGCCGCCGCCAAAGGCCCCGGCCCCGAACCCGAUCACAAGCCCCUUCCACCGGUCAACCGCACAGACGAGACCGACAAGAUCGCAGCCGACAUGGACCAGUGGGUCCUCCACGAGAUAGGCCUGAAUCUUGCCGAGAUCAAGAAGAAGACCCCCGCGUCCCCGUCCAGGUUCAAGCCCAAGGCCCCCGCCAAGCGCUUCGCCGAACGCCACCCCGAGCUGGCGCGCGAGCUCGACGCCAGGGACGCCCCCGAGGCCCAGGACGUCGACAUGUCCGACGACGACUACGAGAUUGUCGUCUACGAACUCGCCCCCGACACGCACAAGACGGCCACCCCGCUGCUGGCGCUCGGCCAGAUUCCGCCCGAGCAGAUCGGCGUGCUCAAGUUCGACACGGAGGAGGACAUGGAGCUCUUUUACGGCUUCGACGAGUCCGACUCGGAUGAGCUGCCGGAUGACGAAGAGGACGAAAACGCCGAGAACCACUACACGGCCGACUACCCCGAAGACGAGGUCGACUCGGACGACGAGGCGUUGACGAAGGCCGUCAAGCGCCGCAAAAGACACCUGACCCCGGGCCCCAAUGGCCACACGUGUCUAUAA